GCUUUCGCUGUUCAACCAUCUCCGAUCUCGAUGUCCCUCUCAGUUCAUUAUCUGCUGUGGAGCUUGCUCCUACAGCCAUUUGUGUACUCCCAAGUUCUAUCAGAAAAUGCACACCUUCAUAUUAACACCGGGCUAUCUGCAGCUUGCGCGGCCCCAUCCUAUGAGAAAGUCGCAUGUAGCCAAAAAUUUUGGGAUAUUGCAGGAGGAGAAAUUUUCACCGACUCAAGCCUUCUUUCCGAGAUCUGCACUGACAUCUGUUUGGACGAAUUGAAGGCUUUGCGAGAAAAGCAGCUCUCUGUUUGUAAAAUCUCGGAAAAUAUUUAUAUUGACUAUGAUGUGCAACUUCCUCCAACGUAUAUUACAGACCUUCUCCUGUACACAUACCACUACGCUUGUAUGACAGACCCAACCACGGGAGAGUACUGCUCUCCGGACUUUUUCAAAUGGAAUAGUAAGAAAGAGGGUGUAACCGCUGCCGAGCUAUGUUCGGACUGCAACCUGCUCGUUCAGCAGGCUCAUUUAGAUUCGCCUAUUGGAUAUGAUCCUGAUUUGGCCAGCUCAUACUCAUCGCUGACAUCGUCCUGCGGAGUUACCAAAUACCCAAUUACUUCUCAACCUCCCUACCUUUUACACGAGGCUAUGACCCCAACAGCUCCCUCCAACAGUCCUAUACACACUGCUUCUUACGAAUCAAGAGCCCAUCCUGGUCUGGGCUACGACAAGGGCCCUGAUUUCCAUAUGGAGGAAUCAGCAGACCACCGGGGCAAACCGCCGAGCUUUCUUUUCCCCAAACGAUACACGUCAAAGCCUCCCCAACUGGCGCCUGGUACCGCGGAUUCCUGCAAGAGGUACGCGCUACAUAAGAAGUCGUACCGCAAUAGCACCAUGAAUGAGUGUGGUUGGACUGCGUGGCUACAUCAGCUUAACAUCACUCAAUUUAUCUCAUGGAAUCCAUCCAUCUCCUUCGAUGCAGCCAACCCAUCCGCCUGCACUCUUGUACCGGGCAAACGCUACUGCAUUAGUAAACCGGCUACGACGACAGGCAACUUCUCCAACACCACCACACCUUCUGCUACUCAACGCAUUCCUUCGGAGCCGCCAACCAUCACAUACUCCCCAGAUGAUGGCAGUGAUGCACAAAAGAAACUUGAGGGUCUCUAA